AUACCUCCAACGCUUAUAUUCGCCACUUGGUUGACAAGGUUCUAUCUCAGGUGAGGCUCUCUCCCCAUGAGCACCCCCAAAACAUAGCCUUGUGCACGCUCUCCGCCGAAGUGACCAGCCAGAAGGCCAAGGUCUUAAGUCCUACAUGCUCUCGCAUUGUGGAUUCCUAGGCACCCGCGCAGAUAUAUCUCUUGCAUUUGCCCAUCCUAUUGAUCGAAACUUUGCUUCCCUAUCCAAUCCAUCUCCUGCACAUCAUACUUGCAGACACACAUCACCAAUCACUUGAACCAUACCAAUCACCCUCAAACCUUCCAAGAAACUAGUAAACUUCACUGUUUACUGGUCUUCUCCCUCAAAGACCUCACAUAUUCAAAAAUAGGGAACUCAGUUAGUCCAAUGGCGCACAGGGACUACAGGAUUGAGCGAGAUGGGCGGGGGAGAGAGCGUCUUGUGCGCUCGUCCUCCCACCGCGAGGGAGGGUCUCAAGGACGGGGCAGAAGCGCACGCGAACUGCUCAACGACGCCGAAGAACGAAUCGAAGUGCUAGAUGGCGAGAUUUUGUCUUUGCAGACGCGCUUAAGCUAUGCGCAGAGGGACAAUUGGCAAUACCAGAACAUAGUCAACGAGCAUCAACAAUGCCGGCCCCUUCGAGCGCAGCUUGAUGCGCAAGUCAGAGAAGUCAGACGCCUUGAGGACUUGCUCGCGGACGAGGAAGAUGCCAAUGCCGGAUUGCGACACAAGAAUGAGGAGCUUAAGGAGAAGUAUCGCCUGUUCAAGAGGGGAAGCAGGGAAGAAGAGUUCAAGUUGCGAUAUGAGGAGAAGUUGGCCGAGGUGGAGGUCCUGAGGCGCCGACUUGCCGAAAAGGAUGAGCUGUUGGGAUUGGAAGAGACACGAAUCGCGGACAAAAAUCGCACAAUCGUCUACCUAAAGGACUAUCUUCGAAGGCACGGAUUCCACGUUGCCGACUGAACGAUCAAAAACCACAGCGGGAAUCCGAUUUUUGCAGAUAGAAUCAAGAUCGAGCCUCUCGACCACACGGAUCUGGAACUUGUGGAUUCCGCAUCCCAAACCCAAGAAGGCUAGAAAAUCGAACCCCAACUCCCUGGGUUUCGAAAAGCAGUCAUACCAAGUCAAACCAACUGCUUGUACCGAAAGCCUCUGGAUCUUCGAUCUUCACCGCGCGUUAGGAAUGCGACCAGC